CGCAGAAGCGCGUUCUAUCCAUGAUCAUCAGUAGCCGCUGCACGGCAGGUCGGCUUUUAUAAAAGACGACGUCGUCUCGUCCUCCUCCAUCGCCGUGCCGGACACAGCCAAAAAGCGGCCUCCGCUUAGCUAGCCGCAGCUGAAAAUCUCCUCCUCCAUUUCGAAGCAGAGCAGAGCAGCCGCCGAGUGUUUGAUUGCUGCAGUGUGUCUCGGCAAAGCGCGACGGCGACAAUGGCAGCUCGUGUCGUGGUCUAGGAGGAGGGAGCAGGAGCAGGAGCUGCGUGCGUUUCUUGGUUUCUUCUUGUGCGUCGCCUCGCGCAUUGGGGACGACGUGAGGUGAUCGGGCGAGGAGGAAGGAGGAAUGGCGCGCGGGAAGGUGGUGUUGAUGGUCGUGGUUUGUCUCGCCGUGGCGGCGGCGGCGGCGUCGGCGGCGAGCGGUGGGGGGCACAGUCGCGGACGCCCGGGCAAGUCGGCGAGGCUGCAGCUGGUCCCGGCUGCCCCGGGCGCGUCGAUGGCCGAGCGGGCGAGGGAUGACAGGCGGCGGCACGAGUACAUCUCCGCCAGGCUCGCGGCGUCGCGGCGGCGGCGGCGAGCGGAGGAGACCUCGUCGGUGUCGUCGGCCGGGGCGGUGGCGGCGUCGGCGUUCGCUAUGCCGCUGUCGUCGGGGGCGUACACCGGCACGGGGCAGUACUUCGUGCGGUUCCGCGUGGGCACCCCGGCGCAGCCGUUCGUCCUCAUCGCCGACACCGGCAGCGACCUCACCUGGGUCAAGUGCCGCGGCGCCGCCUCUCCCAGUCACGCCACCGCCACCGCCUCGCCAGCGGCGGCGCCGUCUCCGGCGGUGGCGCCGCCACGGGUGUUCCGUCCCGGCGACUCCAAGACGUGGUCGCCCAUCCCGUGCUCGUCGGAGACGUGCAAGUCGACCAUCCCCUUCUCCCUCGCCAACUGCUCCAGCUCCACCGCCGCCUGCUCCUACGACUACCGUUACAACGACAACUCGGCGGCGCGCGGCGUGGUGGGCACCGACUCGGCGACGGUGGCGCUCUCCGGCGGGCGCGGCGGCGGCGGCGGCGGCGACCGGAAGGCGAAGCUGCAGGGGGUGGUGCUGGGGUGCACCACGGCGCACGCCGGCCAGGGGUUCGAGGCGUCCGACGGCGUGCUCAGCCUCGGCUACAGCAACAUCUCGUUCGCGUCGCGCGCCGCGUCGCGGUUCGGCGGCCGCUUCUCCUACUGCCUCGUCGACCACCUCGCCCCGCGCAACGCCACCAGCUACCUCACCUUCGGCGCCGGCCCGGACGCGGCGUCGUCGUCGGCGCCGGCGCCGGGCUCGCGGACGCCGCUGCUGCUCGACGCCCGCGUCCGCCCCUUCUACGCCGUGGCGGUCGACUCUGUCUCCGUCGACGGCGUGGCGCUCGACAUCCCAGCCGAGGUGUGGGACGUCGGCAGCAACGGCGGCACCAUCAUCGACUCCGGCACGAGCCUGACGGUGCUCGCCACGCCGGCGUACAAGGCGGUGGUGGCGGCGCUGAGCGAGCAGCUCGCCGGGCUGCCGCGCGUGGCCAUGGACCCGUUCGACUACUGCUACAACUGGACGGCCCGCGGCGACGGCGGCGGCGACCUCGCCGUGCCGAAGCUGGCGGUGCAGUUCGCCGGGUCGGCGAGGCUGGAGCCGCCGGCGAAGAGCUACGUGAUCGACGCGGCGCCCGGCGUGAAGUGCAUCGGGGUGCAGGAGGGGGCGUGGCCGGGGGUGUCCGUGAUCGGCAACAUCCUGCAGCAGGAGCACCUCUGGGAGUUCGACCUCAACAAUCGGUGGCUCAGGUUCAGGCAGACGAGCUGCACCCAAUGAACAGUCUAUUGAUGCAGAUAUUAUUCAAUUAUUGUAAUUGGUGAUUUUGCGAUCGUAUUAAUUAAAAAGUGUUAAUGCAA